AUGGUACUUCAAGGGUAUACACUAAGAGCCUUCAGUUUGUACCUAGGUCUCCUGGUGAGUGACUGCGCCGUCUGCGGGCUCGUGGGGCGGAGCAACGAGAGAAGCCCCGCCCACCUCCACGCCGGUCCCGAGCUCCCCCUCCUAUUGGCCGGUUCGUGGGCGUCCCACCGCUGCGAGACACGCCCCUAUGGGAUGUUCCUCACGCGUCACAUCGCCUUCAGCCCCACCGACAACGACUGGAAGAUGACCCUCCGUUACUACCACGACCCCGAGUGCAGCCGCCCAUCCUUCACCCUGGCCGCCCACGGUUCUUACGCCCGCGCCGCCCCUUCGCCCUACGCCUACGACUUCCACGUGACCCGCAUGGUCCUCACGCCCGACGACGCCGACCUGGCCAACGCCCUCAACUCCUACAAGGGGAAGGAGUGCGGGCGGCCCGGGUCGUGGGAAACAGGGAAGCCUCAGGAUAUCACGCCCACCGGAGGUUGUCAGGCUGUGGGCGUGCGGGUUCCGGUCGUCGAGAAGGAGAUCUUGCGCUCGGGCGUGGACGAGAACGGCGGCAUGUGGCUGGCACUCGGGCAGACGGCCACGACGCCCCUGCAAGUCGGGGGCCUGGCACGCCCGACCAGCUGGGGACCUCAACUAAUCAGGUGUCGCCAUUACUCGCCGCGGGACAUAGAUAAUAACCUCCAGCCUAUGGUGGGAGCUCGCACGGCCUACUCUGCCGCCCACGAUCACGCCCAGCCACUUUUCAGUAUUGUCGUUUUGUGUCUAUUGGUCGCGAUUCGGGCACCUUGAAGGAAAAGAGUGGGAACAGGUUAAUUUGAGUUACCCCUCUAAACGUUUUGGCGUCAUAGAAAACGAUAAGGUUUCAAGGGAAACUAAAAUAAACUUAGAAGCAAUCAAAUUUUCCUGUAACUCGCUUUUACACAAUAUGAGUAAGUUACAGAUUUAGAAUUAAGUAUUCUAGUUGUAUGGUUUAGCAUGUCCCCCCCUUUUCAGACGCAAAACUAUCAUUUUGGGUGAAGGUCUUGAUAAUAUUAACUUAUAAUUCAGAGCCAUUACCUUAGACACAGCAAAAUAACCCACAUUUCACUUUUAUUUGGUAUUUGGCAGUAACAAGACAUACAAAGCACUUAAUUUCUGCUCUCCCCCUAUUAUCAUUUUUUUCUAACAUUCCAUUGACCUGUUCAAGACAACUGUAGGUUUGGUAUUUACUGUCUGUGGGGGAUCAGAUGCUGUGUUAUUACUAAUACUCUUUUACCAAUCAAAACAGACGAUUUAUGUAAGAAAACGUGUAUGUUAAUAAGCUUAAUUGUUAGGUAAUUUUAUUUUCACGAGUAAAUAACCUUUACCAUUGAUUAAAAAAUGGAAAGAUUUCAAUGUAGUCUUUUCGAGAAAAAAAUAAAUAAUAUGAAGCAUCGAAGCCGUGAAAUGAAACAUGGUUCAUAACGAGAUCUCGAAUCGCGAUCGCUUUCGGAAUGUUUAUGUUGAAUGAAUCUCAGAUUUUAGAAUCUCAGAGGAAGUAUAGAUACGUAAUUAUACUUUUAUGAUGGACUCUAUAUAUAAUUAUUAGUUAGAUUUAAAUUGGCGUUCGAGCAUUGCGUCGUCUCGCAUUGCAACGACAAAUAUGUAAUUCCUUGUAGAUAGAUAAAGGGCUUUUAUUAAUUGAAUCAAAAUGUCACCCACGAAUCUUGCAGUUCAACCCCGCAAUUCACACGAAACAAGACAGUUUACCGGACCACGUGCAAACUCACGUACUGCACGUGGUCAUACUAAGUAGGCCUAUCCCAUGGUAUUCGUACAGCCCUGUGAAUACCCCACCCCCUCCCCACCUGGUCCUCAGA